AUGUUCCCGGGAUUUUGGUAUCUCCCCAAGGCGACUAUGCCACCGUCUACACCUAAGCCGUCCAAGGAUACUGUCGAACAGGAUGAGACCGGGACCAAAACUUGGGAAACUGUGUUGGAUGGAGCACUCGAUAAGAUAGCCGAUCUUCUCAACGCGCACCGUGCUAUGCAGCCUCUCUGGAAAGUAGUAGAGCUUGGAGCUGACGCCGGCGAAGCCUUACAACACCGCUUCUCAGGACCCCUCAGAACGGAUGUCACUCGGGAUACAGCUGGAGUCCUUUGUCUUCAAUCGAUUCUACCCAUCGUCUCCACCGUGAAUCUCGGAUUCGAGAGGAGUUUGUUGGCUCUCGCUUUGUGUGUCAUCAUCGUUCCGCUGCAUAGCAUACUGGAGUUGCAUAGCACACUGAGUUUGCUCGAUGCGUUUUCAGCGCUCGGGGCCUUCUUUCUGCCGGAUUGGCUCCUGAGUGUGGCGAAUGUCCUCGCCAUUCUGCUCGGCAUCAUCGACAAUACCCAAGCUGGGCGGGAGUUGGCGACCGGCAAGGAUCGUGCCUCAGAUUCCACGGACGAAACCAAGAGCUGCCGCAGCGUCGAAGAUGCUCCCAAGUCAAAACCAGAGCUCAGAAGGACCAGCGUCAGCAGGAACAGCGACACUGCAGCACCCGCAGCACCAACACCGAACCUCACUACGAUAUUGCAAGGAAGUCUUGGGAUCGCACAGAACAACAUCAAGCUACUCGAGCUGGCACGGACCACGGAUAGGAACCUUUACAAUGCCAACGUAACAAGCUACAGGGCGAAAAUGGCAGAGAUGACCGAAGCUCAUCGUGCUGAGACUGCAGACCUGCAGGAUCGACUUGUGAAAGCGAGCAAAGCUUGUGGCCAAAUGCAAGCUACCUCGCAGCAAGAGAUCGACGGACUCAGACGGCUGCUCUCACAAGCACAGAAGCAAAUCGAAGCAGAACGCAACACAAUCGUCAAAAUGAGAAGCUUCUGGGAAGCAGACGUCAUCUCCAAACGCAACGCACUCACCGAGAAGCAAACCCUUCUGAACCAAGUCACCGCCAAGCUCGACUCAACGACGAAGAGAUUCAAAGACCACGCCGAACUCACCAAAUCCAAAGAAUCGAAACGGACAACCCAGGCCGUCCAACAGCAACAAAAAAUCCAAACCCUCGAAUACUCCCUCACCCGCCUUCAAUCCGACCCCUCCACUUCCCAAGACACACUGCACGCAACCCAAACCAAACUCCUCGAACAGCGCAACGACGACCUCAAAGAAAUCCAGACGUUGAAACACCAACUCGAAGACGCGCAGCACAUCUCCGAAACUUCCGAGAAGAGGGUCAAAACUCUGAGGAAUUGGUGCGAGUAUUGGCGAGAAGCUGCGGCCAGUGAACACGAUAUGCGGAUCCGUGCCGAUGAAGAGAUUGAGCUUGCGAAGGAGGGGAUUGAGAAGAUUGGGGGUGAGGAAGUUGAGGAUGCGAGGAAGGAGGACGAGGAAGAUGGGUUUGAGAUGGUGUGA